AUGGACACAUUAAUUCUGGCCUACUACAUAACAAUCUUCAUACUCGGGCUUCCUGCAAAUCUCCUGGCUCUCUACGCCUUCAGCCGCAAGAUCCACACCAAGGCGUCGCCCACUGACAUCCUCCUGCUCAACUUGACCAUCUCCGACCUCCUUUUCCUGCUCUGCCUGCCGCUGAAGAUGCUUGAGGCGGCAUGGGACAUGCGCUGGCACCUCCCUGAGGCCCUCUGCCAGUUCUCGACCUUCAUCUACUACUCCACCAUCUACAACAGCUCCGGCCUGCUCAUGGCAGUCAGUGUGGACCGCAACCUGUGUGUGGAAUACGCCAUCUGGUACAGGCAGCAUGUUAGGCCCCUGCAUGGUAUUCUGGCCAGCAUCGUCAUCUGGACUCUGAGCUUGUCUCACUUCACGUACCUCUACGUGAUUGAGAUCAUGCCUAACAACUCGUCGGUCUGUUACAGCAACUUCUCCGAGGCCCAGCUGGCACUAGUUCAGCCCAUCCGACUGGAGCUGUUUGUGGUCUUCUUCGUCCUGCCACUGCUGGUCUCCAGCUUCUGCUACCUCCGGUUCGUCCUCGUCCUCAGCCGGGUUUCGCAUCUGGAGCCCGGGAAGCGGACGAGAGCGAUUGGAAUGGCGCUGGGCACGCUGCUGGUGUUCGUCGUCUGCUUCCUGCCGUACAACCUCUCGCACGUUCUGGGCUACAUCCAGGGGGUCUCGAUGACGUGGAGGGACGAGGUUUUGCUCCUGACGGCGACUAACGCCAUCAUCGACCCGAUAAUCUUCUACUUCUCAUCCUCCACCUUUCAGGGAAACAUCUGGGGAGUGGUCAGUCUGGUGUGGAGGAAUGGCUGCUGUGAGACCAGUGUGUGCACCAGGCCUUCAGUGGAACCGGACAGUGGGCCUACCGUCAUUUCCUGA